AACUAUUUCUAUACAACAAGAAACUACGUGAUCAACAUAUCGUCCAUAUGUGCCAUUGAACCAAUGCCAUCUCUGGCCUUUUACUGCGCUGGCAAAGCAGCACGGGACAUGUUCAACCAAGUCUUGUCCCAAGAAUCAAGAGACACAAGAGUCCUGAACUACGGACCAGGAAGAAUGAAAACAGAAAUGUUUCAUGAUAUUUUGAGCAAUACUGACUGCGAGGACACCAGAGAAAAGUACACGCAACUAAGAGAACAGAACAUGGUGGUGGAGCCUAGAACCUCUGCUGAUAAGCUGGUGCUGAUGUUGAAACAAGAUCGCUACAAAUCAGGCGAUCAUAUAGAAUUUCUUGACAGGAUGCCCUGA